AUGGCCACGUCCGGGUUCCCGCAUGCCGACCGGCUGCUGUCGCCUUCGGGGUACCCCGCAUCGCUGGGAGUCUCCUCCGGUUUCGGUUCUUCCCAGCCGGUCAGCGGCCAGGGCUUCUUUUAUGGCUCUGGCGGCGGUGGCGGCGGCGGCGGCGGCGGCGGCAGCGGUGGCAGCCUGUCCUCCGGGCCGGGCUUCGGCGGCUACUCGCACUCGCCCCUUCCGUCGACGGCUGGCGGGUCAUACUACGGCUCGAGCGGCCCGAUGUCCAACACCGGCGGUGGUAGCACCGGCGGCGGCGGCGGCGGCGCAUACGACGUACCGCGAGCAUCGGCCUCCUCGGGUGCCGGCGCCACGGACUACCGCCCAGGGGGCUAUGCGCUCGGGGCGUCGUCAGGGCCCGGGAUGCGCUCGGCCGCUGGGUCCGGCGGGGUGGCUCCCGUGCCGGCAAUGCCCCCGGCCGACCCUGGCGCCGAAUAUGCCCUGGUGCUGAAGGCCGUCCGGCGGAAGUAUGUGCGCACGGUAUCCCGGCAGGCGGGGUACCUGGCGGCGGUGGGCUCCUUCGGGCUGGCGCUGCUGUCGGUGGUCUGCCAUCUGCCGACCGGCGCGGGGCCCGAGGGGCUUGACCCGGGCGCCGCGGCGGUGCUCGCACUGGCGCCACGGUCGCUGGACAACCCGCUCCUGGCCUGGGCGCGGGCUCUGGCCGGCAUGCCGGGGCUGGCGGCUCUGCUGUUGACGACCGCCGCACUGGCGUCGAUCGCGGCGCGCAUCCUGACGCACCUGUUGUGCGCGAUCCCGAGCAGCACCUCGGUCACGCGGAGCAAUGUGUCUGCAUACACCCACCGCAAGCUGAAUUCCUGGAUGGCUCGCCUCUUUUGGGCCUCGAUUCUGGCGGCCAGCAUUGCGAUUCUCGCCGACUUCUCGGCCGUGGUCAUGGCCGCGGCGGCCAUCGCAUGCGGCGCGGUGUCGGCCUUCCUGCCGCCGGCCUUCGCCUGGCCGGCCGGGCCCGGGGCCGAUGGGCGCCUGUUGCCGACGGUGCCCAGUGCCCCGGUGGGCGCGUCGGCCUCCGACGCGCUGGUCAUCAUGCCGCUGGUGCGGACGUUGCGGUCGCCGCUGAAUAUGGCCCCCUCGCUGGGGUUCGGCUCUUCUGGGCCCGGCAAGAAGGCCCCCACCCGGUGCUUGGGUUCCUGGGCACUUGGGUGGCUGUGCGCGGCCGGGCGUCUGAUCAACCUGCAGCCGCCCGGCCCGGCCGGCGGGUGCCCUGCUGGCCGGGAUGGCGCCAUGCCGUCCGGCGCCCCGGGCGCCGAUGACGCGUCGCACUCGUUGACUUUGCCGCCCGGCCCGGCCGGCGGGUGCCCUGCUGGCCGGGAUGGCGCCAUGCCGUCCGGCGCCCCGGGCGCCGAUGACGCGUCGCACUCGUUGACUUUGGUGCCGUCCGUCCUGCCGGCCGGGGCUGAUGCCUCGACUCCCUUCCUGUGUGCCCUGCGUUCGGCGGCCCAGCGUGGGGCCCUGCAGGCCUUCUGGUCUGCCGGGCGCCUGGGUCUCGGGCUGCUGGCGCCGCUGCUGCUCUUUGCCUGGUUCUAUCACAUCAAUUCGGAUGAGUCCACCUUCCUGGGCGAUGCGGCCCUCGUGACCGGCUUCGUGGCACGGGUGUCGGUGAUUCUCUUUGCCGUGUGGCUGGGCACCCGCUGGGGGCCGCUCUUCCUGCUGGAGCAUUUGUUCGGCCUGGCGCCGGGGAUUUCCUCGGUGGAGAUGGGCCGGCCGGCGGCAGCGAGCGCGGCCGUGGCCACGGCAUCGGCGAAUGCGACGGCCCCCGGGGCCGGGGCCGUUCGGCCGGGGGUCGGAUCGGGAUCCCUCCCGUCGGCCUUCGGGGCCGGGCCCGGGCUUGGGGACUUCCCCGGCGGCGGGGCCUUCUCGCUGGCGGCCUCUUCGCAGGCGGCCGGGCCGCGGUACGGAAUGUCGUCCGGCGGCUGGGUCGGCGGGGCUCCGGGGGCCGGGUCGCACGCCAUGUCCCCGGGGUAUGGGGCGUUCUCCCAUCACCGGGGCUUCCACCAGCCGAGCGGCCUGUAUGGCGGCGGGCUGGGGUAUCGCGGCCUCGGGGGGUCGGGCUCGGUGCGGCAUGAUCGCCGGCUGACGCCCACCUACACGGCCCUGUCCAGCUGGGUGACCGACGCGCCGCGCGACCUGGCCCAUCGGGUGUCACAGGCGGUGGGCGGGCUGUUUGGCGUGGGCCGCGGGCUGUCGCGGCCGGGGCGGCUGUCGGCCGCGGCCGGCACCCAAUUGGUGUCUUGUCCGGCUGGCGCGCCCCGCCGCAAUGAGAGUCUGGUGGCGGCGCUGCAGCAUCCCUCGGCCACGGUCCGGCGGACGUCGCUGCUGGAGCUGCGCAAUCUCCUGCGGGUGGCCGGGCCCCGGCGGGCGGCCCUCUUCUCGCAGCUGCUGCUGCCGGAGGGGACCGCCGGCCCGGGCGCGGUGACCGGCGCCGCCUCGGCUCAUGCUCCCUCCACGGUGGCCACUUUGUGGACGGUGGGCGUGGUGCGGCCGUUGUUGGCGUACCUGCGGGAGGUGACCCAGGAGCUGGGUCCCUAUGCGGCUUUCUACCAGGCUGCCGGGCGUGGGGGCCAUCUUGCGGCCGAGCUGCCGGCCAUGGGCUUCGGGGCGUCCGGCGCCCCGGCGGCCGGUGGCCUGAAUCGGCUCUUCCCGGAGAGCCGCCGGGCGGUGUUGGACUCGCAUGCGAGCGCGCGCGGGGGGCCCCGUCGCCGGGCCGCCGGUGGCGGCGCCCUGGCGAGUGGCCCGGCGGCGACCGGGCAGCCGGUGGAUCCGGAUCUGGCGGAUCACGUUGGGCGGCUGAGCCGCGCGGCCGACAGCCUGGUGGGGGCCCUGCGUGCGGCCCUUCGCUGGGCCUUCAUCCCGCCGACGGCCGCCGACUUCGGCGAGGCGGCCGACGUGGGCAUGGUGGCGGCCGGGGCGGCGGCCGUGCCUGGGGCCGCCUCCCGGCAGGGCGACCGGCCGCUCGCUGUGCCGUCCAUCCUGUCGGGCAAGGCGGCCAGCCUGGCCGGCUCGGGCCCGGGGGCGGAUUCGGCCGGGCCGAUGUCGUCGUCGACGGCCGCGGCUCCGAAGGUCGUGAGCACGGCGCCGCGCCCUCCCAUCACCUAUGUCGAGUUGCUGACUAUGGCCCUGGACCGGCUGGCUGGGCUGUCGUCCGGCCAGAGCCCGGUGGCGGCGGCGGUGGGCGAGCUCCGGCGGCACCUGGGCCCGCGCGGGGCGGGUGGCGCCGGCGGCGGGUCGCCGGCCGCGGCGCUGGAACUCAUCGAGGCGCUGUACCACCAUGCGGCCUUCGUGCAGCUGGGCGCCGAGAUCCUGCAGUUGGGUGUGACGCAUGCGCGCGAGGAGGACCCUCGCGGAGCCAGCGUCCGUGCCGGGCAGCUCAUCCCCAUGCUGAAUGCGUUGAUGGAUCUGCAGCGCGGCUUGGUGCAGCUGACCCGGGCGGUGGCGCGGGCUCACCCCCGGCGGAUGCCGGCGGCCGAGCGGGUCAUCGCCGAUACAUGUGCCGACCUGGCCCGGGGUGUGGGCGCGGCGGUGGCCGCCAUCGCCGGCAUCUAUGGCCGCGGGUUGUUGGACAUUCACCAGGACCAGCCGACCGUGUCGGUCUUGUGUACCAGCUUCUCGGCCGGGUCCACGGCCGGGGGCGGGGCUGACACCGUCGGCGCGGAGGCCCUGUCGCCGCAGAACUUGGACGACCUGCGUCGUCUGGUGGCGGCCAGCCAGUCCGCUGUGGUGCCCCAGUGA